AUGAAUGCUAGAAAAUCACUGGAAAAUGAAGUGAAAAUGAAACCAAUUACUGAUGCUCAAGAGGAAGCUUUAAAUUAUCUAAGAAUAUGGCAUCAUGAUUAUGAAAGUUGGAAAUUUAAAACACUUCAACAAUCUUGGUUGAUUAAAAAUGCAUUAGACAAAAAAAUGCUCCCUAGCUCAGGAUUUCGGAUAUUUAAACGGUAUAUUGAAAAGUUAGUUGGACGUGCUCGAGAAGACUUACUAAAUCGGUGCUCCGAGGUAGCUGGUGAAUCAGUCUCUGAAGUUAGUGAUGGCACUGAGCAAUGUACAAAACAUACUGGUGAUAAAAUGGAUAGCUCACCGCAACAUAUUUGCCAGCAGAAAUCAGAAUCGGCAAUUUCUCAGAAACGUGCAAAAAAACUACUUAAGAUUUUGUCCAGAAAUGCUGAUUAA